AGCAGUCCUCGAUUGUGAGUGAGUGAGUGUGUGUGUGAGUGUGAGAGUGUUGAGUUGUGUUGUCGCCGCUGAGUCUGGUUGUGUUGCUCACGCGCUGCAGAGUCCGGGUUAGCGAGAGAGAGAGAGAGAGCGAGAGAGCUGGAAGCGAGAGAGAGAAGGCUCAGAUCCUUGGCAAUGUAAGCGAGGCUGACAUGGCGGAUGUGUUUCAAGCGAGGUUCCACAAACAUAACUCAAAUCCGGAGGGGGAGAAUUUGGUGCAAGAAGCACUGGGAAAGUUCAGUUUAAGCCGCGGAGAUUAAGUUCAGUUGUUGCGGGUGUCGAGGGUGUCGAGGGUGUCGAGGGUAAUGGUGUUUGGUUCGGUCGAUCGUCUGUGGAUUAGGAAGGAAGAGAUACUGGCGAUCUGUGAAGGUGAAUGGUUCGGGUUGUGAAUUGUGUUAAGCAGGGGAGGGUGUUGUUGUUGUUGUUGUGGUGUGUUUGAGAGAGCGAGAGAGAGGCAGAAAUGGGACAAUCGAAGGUAUUGGUAGGUGUGUACAUUGCUUGCGCAGCUGCGGCAUGCGCAACCGCAGCUGUGGCGGUGACGCAGCGACUGAAAGUGCGAGCGCAGAAGUGCACUGCGCGGAAAAUUUUGGUGGAGUUUCAGGAGGCUUGCGAGACGCCUCUGCCGCGGUUGCGGCAAGUUGUGGAUGCUAUGGCCGUCGAGAUGCACGCUGGCCUCGUGUCGGAAGGCGGAAGCAAGCUUAAGAUGCUGCCCACCUUCAUUGAUCGCUUGCCGAAUGGGAGCGAGAAGGGCCUUUAUUAUGCUGUGGACUUGGGUGGGACAAACUUCCGGGUGCUCCGUGUCCAGUUGGGUGGAUUAGAAGGUAGAGUAAUCAAGCAAGAGUACGAGGAAGUUGCCAUUCCCCCUGAGCUAAUGCUUGGAACAAGCGAACAACUAUUUCAUUUUAUUGCCAAGGAGUUGGCUGGCUUUGUGGCAAGAGAAGGUGAGGAAUUCAGGUUAGGCGACGGUCAGUCACGGGAAAUAGGGUUCACCUUUUCCUUCCCCUGUAAGCAAACCGCUGUAAAUUCUGGGACUCUCUUGCAAUGGACCAAGGGCUUCAAAGUGAACGAUGCAAUCGGCCAAGAUGUGGUCGCAGCUCUUCAAAAGUGCAUUGAACGACUAGGGUGCAAGAUGAGGAUCGCUGCUUUGGUUAACGAUACAGUGGGUACUCUAGCUGGUGGUCGCUAUUGGAAUAACGACGUGAUGAUAGCUGUUAUUUUGGGUACUGGUACCAAUGCCUGCUACGUUGAGCGGGCUGAAUCUAUAUCGAAGUGGACUGGCGAGCUUCCGAAGUCUGGCCAGAUGGUGAUCAAUAUGGAGUGGGGAAACUUUUGGUCAUCACAUUUGCCUCGGACCUAUGUGGAUGAGUUAUUGGAUAGCGAGAGCCUCCAUCCAGGAGAAUAUGGUUUUGAAAAGAUGAUUUCUGGAAUGUAUUUGGGUGAUUGUGUGAGGCGAGUGCUUGUCAGGAUGGCACAAGAAGCUGGCAUCUUCGGUCCCCAUGUUCCUCACACACUCUUGGAAUCCUUCUCGCUCCAGACACCAGAAAUGUCAAGAAUGCACCAUGAUGACAGUAGCGACCUAAAAGUAGUUGCAGAAGUUCUGAAAAGACUAUAUGGAAUCCAGAACACAACAGUAGGGAUUCGCAAAAUCGUAGUUGCUGUUUGCGACACUACGUGCCAGCGAGGGGCCAGGCUGGCAGCUGCUGGUAUUGUGGGAAUACUAAAGAAAAUUGGGAGAGAUGGAAGUACAGCAAAUGGCUUGAUGAGGCGAAAUGAUACGAAUGGUAUCCAUGACGAGCUCUCUGUGAAUUCUACACCGGGAAGUGGUAAGACCGUUGUGGCUAUGGACGGUGGCUUGUAUGAGCACUACAGCAAGUUCCGAAAUUACAUGCAAGAAGCUGUGCGUGAGCUUCUAGGGGACGCAUCCAAAAACGUCUCUAUAGAGCUCUCCAAGGAUGGCUCAGGCAUUGGGGCAGCCCUUCUAGCUGCAUCAUAUGCCGAGUAUGUGCCCUCCUAAUACCUCUUGAACUAUUGAUUAAAAUUCCAGUAGGUCAAAUUGUUAGGACUGUGCUUUACCAAUGCUUCUAUGAGGUAUGAGUCUGUUUCUUUUGGAACAUUGGGUUAUCUGGCUCGUCUUGUCUUGUAUAAAGCCUCGUAGUUCAAUCAUCAGAUAAUUGUUCUCCUUGUCAGCUCAUAGACUGGAGAGUGACUUAGGGUAGUGGCUUUCUAGGUAGCAGUCAAAGUAUUAUUUGAAUACUUUGAAAAGUAUCAAACCCAUUCCUUGUGUAGGACAUUACCUUGAUACUUCAGCCACAGUUUAAGAAGUCUGGUCUUUUUUUUAGUGUAGUAGACGAGGUUGUAGUUAAUGGUUGUCAGCAGAAAUGCCUUGCAGUCUUUUAGCAGUUGCUGGCUCUUUCUUGCAAUUUAUUGCUAAACAGCCUUUUGGGGUUAUACUGUCCCUUCAUCUCAAUCAAAAUCAUUUUGGAUUCGCUUUUCCGGA